CCCCAGCUCACCCUUUUCCUUCACCCAGCUCCAUACAAAUCUAUUCUCUUCCUCUCUAAAAAAAGAAGCAUAUAAUAUAACCCGAGACCUCUCCUUUAGUAUCCUCUUUUAGAUCUGUACUAAUGGCGUCUUCUAGUAUUAGCCCUUGUUUCCUUUGUCUCUUGGUAGUAGUAGCCUCUCUUCUGGUCCAGUGCUCCUAUGGUGCUAGAAAGCUCAAUGCCUUGGUGGAGGAACCAUCUCCAGUCUUAACCUACCACAAGGGGGCUCUCCUCACCGGGACCGUAUCGGUGAACUUAAUCUGGUACGGUAAGUUCACCGCCUCCCAGCGAGCCAUCAUCUCCGACUUUGUCACGUCCCUCUCCACCAAAGGCGGUGGCCAGAAGCAGCCGGAGCCGUCGGUGUCCGCCUGGUGGAAGACCACCGAGAAGUACUACUCGCAGUCGAAGACCAAAUUCCCUACUCUCACGCUCGGUGACCAGAUCCUCGACGAGUCCUACUCCCUCGGCAAGUCGCUCACGGAUGCCGACAUCGCCAAGCUGGCGAGCCGCGGCGCACCGAAUUACGCCGUUAAUGUCGUCUUAACGGCGGAUGACGUCGCGGUCGAGGGGUUCUGCAUGAGCCGGUGCGGGACCCACGGGUCCUCCCCCCGGUCUAAGUCCGGCCGGUUCGCUUACAUCUGGGUCGGCAACUCGGCGACUCAGUGCCCGGGUCAGUGCGCGUGGCCCUUCCACCAGCCGGUUUACGGGCCUCAGUCCCCGGCGUUGGUGGCGCCUAACGGCGACGUCGGGAUUGACGGCAUGGUGAUCAACUUGGCGAGCAUGAUGGCCGGGACGGUGACCAACCCGUUCAACAACGGAUUCUACCAGGGGCCGAAGGAGGCGCCGUUAGAGGUUGCGACGGCGUGCCCGGGGGUUUAUGCCAAGGGGGCGUAUCCGGGAUAUCCCGGGGAUUUGUUGGUGGACUCGACCACCGGGGCGAGCUACAACGCGAACGGGGCCAACGGGAGGAAGUACCUGGUUCCAGCCUUGUUUGACCCAUCCACUUCCUCCUGCUCCACCUUGGUGUAGAAGGGAAACGUUAGAGACACGAGACAGAGAUUGUAGCCAUAGAUAUAUAGUUUGUAAUUCUUUCAUUCAUUCGAUGAAAUUUAAAUUAUGUCUUUCUAUUAUUUUAUUGAUUCCAUGAUUAAACACACUACUGAUGUGGUUUAGCAAUCACUAAUCCAAUCCA